UACUAUUUCUCCUGGCAACGACUGUCGCGAAAGUCUCGUGUAGUGUGCAACCACUCGUUAUCAACCCGAGUGAAACCUGGNGAUGGUCUCGACGGCACAUGGUCCUCAUUCAAUCUGAGUGUAGGAGUUCCAGCGCAGAAUGUCCGCAUCCUUCCAUCAUGGCAGUCUUUUCAAACCUUGGUUGUGGGUCCUGAAGGAUGCUCGAUGUACUCCAACUAUAACGACUGUGUCAACUCUCGAGGACAAGUCUUUAACUUGAGUCAAUCAUCAGACUGGAACAAUGUCGGAAUCUUCGAAUUCCAAACGGAGAAAGACCUAGGGUUUCCCGGAAACGCAUACUACGGGUACGACAAUAUCGUUUUGGAUGAUACGAAUAAUACAGUUGUCGAAGGCUCGACAGUAGGCGCCUUUGCUGUAUCAGACUUUUGGCUUGGAAGCCUAGGAUUGAAUCCAAAACCAUCCAACUGGUCAGAGACCUCUCAUGGGCUUAGUCUCAUGACGAAGCUGAAGGANCAGAGUUCAAUCCCCAGCAUCUCGUUCGGCUAUACUGCAGGUGCUCCUUAUCGCUUCUCAGGUGUAGCAGGGUCUCUAACUCUAGGUGGAUAUGAUCAGAGUCGCUUUGAGGUCAACAAUGUCGAAUUUGACUUCGCUUCCGAUCUCACCAAAGACACCAUCGUCGCAAUACAAUUCAUCAACACGCAAGCGCUCAACUCAUCGACCAGUGUUGAACUGCUUCCAGCGCCGAUAUAUGCUUCGAUUGAUUCCACUGUCAGCCAAAUCUGGCUUCCNCUCGAUGCAUGCCAGGCAUUUGAACGAGAAUUCGGCCUGACCUGGGAUUCUACAUACAAUCUCUAUAUCGUGAACUCGACACUUCACGCCUCUCUAUUGGCUCGUAAUGCCCAUAUCAAUUUCACGAUCGGAACCACAGCUUCAGGUCUCCAGAAGACAACAAUAUCACUACCCUACGCUGCAUUCGAUAUGACAGCACAGUCUCCGUAUCAAGGCCUGGCUGAUAGGUCGAGUUACUUCCCACUCCGAAGAGCAGCAAACAGCACACAGUACACGCUUGGUCGGACUUUCAUGCAGGAAGCAUAUAUCACUGUGGACUACGAACGUGCAAAGUUCAACGUCUCGCAAUGUGUCUGGCCACAGAACAUUGGCGAUACCACCGAGAUCAUCAUCAUCGAGCCAGCUCCAUCGUCCGAAAAUAGCGGAUACAGUGGAGCUUCUUCAGGAGCAAACGCAUUGUCGACAUCAGGAAAGCCUCCAAAAGCAGCAGACUUGAGUGGCGGUGCAAUUGGAGGAAUUGUGGCAGGAAGCGUAAUCGGCGUGGCAACCCUCAUUGGCCUUGCUACAUGGUUCAUUCGUCGUGACAGGAGGAAGAAGGCACUUUCGGCAGAAGAGACGGGCGACGAAUCUUCACCCUCUAGAGACUCCAUCUCGCGUACAACAAUCGGAAUCGGAGAAAAGGGAACAACCGUCUUUCCCAAAGCAGAAUUGGAAGGGUCAACAGUUCACGAUGACCCCAAGCCACCGCUACGUCCAGAGUCGAGUCUAGCAAGCCCUACCACUCUCGGAUACGGAGGCAGCACAUGGUCUUCAACACAGACAGAUUCAGCGUCACCUGGUCUAGCGUCGCCGGGAGCUGCAAGCGAAGCAGGAGGAUUGGAGAUCUACGAAAUGCCUGGCGAUAUGCCCGAAUUGGCACAAGCAGAUGGCAGGACGAUCACAGAAAAGGAGAUGAUGAGGCGGCGAGAAGAGGUGUACAACGGGGUUGGUCGAAGCAACCCAGCAACACCAACAGCAGCAGGACCGGCGGAUAGAAGAAGUGUUCAGCCCGAAGAGGUGGUGCUACUGGAUGAGGGCCGAGACGGAGAAGCGAGCUCACGACCAAAUAGCAGGUUUAGCUUUGAGUAA